AUGAUUAGACUCCACCGCACACGUCUGCACCGAGGUGUUGCAGCUUCAUAUCAGGAGAUGGAGCAAAUCUCCGUGAAGUUGAGCUACAAUGGUGCUCAUCGCAGGUUUAAAAUAAAGGGAAAUAAUAUCGAGAGUCUUUUUUCUGACCUGAUGACUAAUGUGGCUCAACUUUCUGCAGAGUCGUCCCCGUUCGAUAUUGCAUGGCAAGACGAGGACGGCGACAGCAUCAUCAUCUCUCGCCCAGUUGAACUUGGUGAAGCGAUAGAAUCGCGUCAAAAUGAUCUUCUCCGACUUCACACCAUUGAGAAAAAUACUGAAAAAACUACAUUGAAAUCGGAGAAUGAGGCUGAUAAAAGUCAUGUGCCUGAGGAAAAAUCUCAGAAGGAUACAGGUGCAAAUGACGCCGUUCACGGAAAUGUUGUCUGCGACUUAUGCGACGCUACGAUUAUUGGCAUCCGCUAUAAAUGCAUCCUUUGCGUUGACUACGAUUUGUGCCAGAAUUGCGAAAAGACAGGAGUGCAUGCGCAUCAUGGAAUGGUGCGAAUUGUUGAUCCGAUGCGCACCUACGUCCCGUGGGGUGCUCGUUUGAGGUACACCACACAGACAGGUGUGCAUCAUCGUGGACAUCGCUCAGGCGAUCCUCACGGAGUUAUACAUCGAUUUCGCAUGCAUGAAAAAAGGGAACAGUUAAGUGAACAGGUGGCGAAAGGUAUGCAGUACCUAACAGACAUCGGACAAGUUGUUACGAGUGCCCUUGCAAAUUUUGGUAUCGACGCAAGUUACGAGGUGCAGGUUCCUGAAGAGAAGAAGGAGGUAAAAACCGAACCUAAGGAAGAGGCACCUGAAGAGAAAAAGGCGGAGGAAACUGAAGAAUCUAAAACUACAAGCAACCCACCAACUGCUCCUAAAGAAGAUGAACCAGACACGAACAACCGUACUGCAGAGGAAAAGAAGGUCAAAUUUGAGGGAGAGGAAAAUGACAAACCGCCGAAACUAAAUGUCACAAAGGACUUCAGUAACCUACAAGCCGCUGAGGAAAUCUUUCGCGACGCUGUUAAAAAGGGUUCUGACAAUUCAAAUCAGUCUCCUGCUGAGGAAAUCUUUCGAUACGAAAAAGUCCAACCACCAAAACCUUCAGAAUCUCGUCGAAUGCAGGACGCUGAAGUAAGAAAAGAAAGACACACGUAUCCACCGUUUGGGGUCGGUGCUAGGGGUUCGUUGGGCUGUAGUAGGUCAUGGCGUGGAUCGCAUUUACGAAACCCUUUCGAAUAUCGUGACACCCGCGACUUUGAUUGUUACGAUGAGAGGAGACGUCUACGCGAUGAAGAAGAUCGCUAUGAUGAACAGAAACGUACGGGAGAUGCUGCGAAGAACGGCCGCGAUCAGCGCAGAUGGUGGUCGUCUCCAUAUAAUGAUUGGAGCAGUCCAGGCAGAAGGAACUUCCGAUGCGAUUACGACCCAUUUGAGUUGCACUCCCACGGUUUUUCUGCCGAAAGAAGACGCUCAGCUGAAAAUGAAGAGAAAGCUAAGGGUAGUGGGUGCAACCUUUUUGAAGAAAAGAAUUUCACUGAAACGAAGAAACCAAGGAAAUCCCUUGUCUCCGGAGAAUUCUGCAAUCGAUUUGAUGGACGUAGUGAUCCCUUCAGAAGGAGCAUAAACGGUCUUGGCGAACUGAUUCGCAGAAAUAAAGUUUGUCGCCCUGCUGAAGAAGGCCUGAAAGAAGCCGUUAAGGAAGCUGCACGUAGGAUAUACGAUGAUGACAACAACUGCAGAUGCUUCGUGACCAGAAUGGGCAGAUCACCACUUUGUCCAGCUUGUUGCAGGAAGGGUGUGCAGAAGUCAGGAAAAUCAUCACAAUCAUCGGCUGAAGGCGAACGUAUGCCUGCUGAGGAGGUUGCGGCUACGGAACAAUCCGAAAAGAAGGAAAGGAGUGAAUCAAUGACAAAGGAGGAUGCAAAACCAGAGAUUUUUGUCCCUAAGGCCAGUCAUGAUAGUUAUGACCGUUGCUACAGCACCGACAGCUCCGGCGACUCAGAUUUCGAAGCUCUUUCGUAUGAAAGCAUCCCCGAUGAGGUUGAAAAAACGAGGUGGUCGAUUAAAAGUGCUCCACAACCAUCGACAGAUCAGGAUGUUUCGGCCGUAGUCAAUUCUGAAGUUGUUGUUAACCAGCCAUCGAUUAACACUUUGUACCCAACUCUCAAUGCCGAAGCCCAGCCAGUCGAAGCGGCGCACGUAAGCGAAGAUCACAGCAUUGCUUCACGCUUGAUUGACAUGGGGUUCUCGGCAGAGGAAGUGUUCCGUGUUGUAAGGAUGCAUGGAAGCAAUUUCGAACGGUGCAUUGAAGAAAUUCUCGCAAAAGAACCAUGA